AUGCACUCUUUAAUCAUUAUCAUCUUUAUUUUAUCAAUCUUUGUUUCGUUCGUUGUUUCUCAUGACAACAACCAUUAUGGUGUUGUUUUCAACACAUCAUCAUCAUCAUCUUUAUUCUCAUCGUUCAACCAUGUUGAACUUCAAUCAAUUAGCAUCAACAACGAUAAUUAUGUUUGCAAUAACACCUUAUCUUUCAACCAUGUUGAACAUCAACCAAUUCCAAUCAUUUCCAUUGCUCAUAAAAAUAAUAAUUCCUUUUCAUUUAUUCACGCAUUUUCCAUUAAUUCUUCAAGUGAUAUUAUUGUGUCCCAAUGUCAAUCACAACCAUUACCAUUACCAUUACUUUCAAAUUAUUCAACAACCAACAACCUCAUUCUUUUAGAAGAAAGGGAGAUGACUGUUCAAUUGAACAGCAACAAUACAAAUUCGAACACUUGUUUAGACAAUUAUCCAAUCAUUAGAUUUCCAUCCGUGUCCUAUGACAUAAAUAUUCAAUAUAAUUCAAGCGAUAUUGUUGUGUUACCAUUUCCAUCACAAUCACCAUUAAUAUUAAAUCAUUCAAUAAAGGAUGAGGAGGAGGAAGAAGAAGAAGAGGAGGAGAAGUAUAUUCAAUAUCCAUCAAUGAACCAGAGUUCAAUUUUAUUUUAUCCUUUAACAUCAAUCUCAUUGUCCAACAACAAUGAUGAACAUCCAUUCAACAUUUCAAUGAUUAAUAAUAAUAAUAUUAUUAACAACAACAACAAUAAUAAUGAAUCUGUCUCACUUCUUCACUCAUUAUACAUGUACAUUCCAUUUAAUUCAAGUGAUGUUUCGACCUAUUCAGAAGAGGAGGAGUCAAUUCAAUUGAACAACAAUACAAUCACAUUCUCAUUGUUCAACCAUGUUGAAAAUCAAUCAAAUACUAUCAAUAAUAAUAAUAUUUCUUUCCAUCAAUCAAUCAUUUUAUUUUAUAAUAAUCAUAAUAAUAAUUUAUCAUUUAAUUCAUCACUGUUAACUCCUUUUAGUUUAAAUGUUUUGUAUCAAUCUCAUUUUCAAAUACCAUCGAAUCAUUCAAAAACCAACAACCACGAUCAUCAACAAAUCGAAAUCAAUUCCAUCCACUCAUCCAUGUCACCCAUUCCAUUAAACUCUAGUGAUGUUUUGUUUCAUUGUCCAUCACCAAAUCAUUCACCAACCACCAACAAUAUUAAUUUAGAUCAGGAGGUGUCUGUUCAAUUGAACAGCAGUACAAUCUUAGUUUCAUUUUUCAACCAAUCAAUUCACAAAGACAAUAAUAAUAAUAAUAAUAAUGAUAUUUCAUUCUUCAAUGACCAUCAAUCAUCGAUUCCAUGUUUUAAUUCAAGUGUCAUUUUCACAGAUUGUCAAUCAUCAUUGCCACAAUUAAUCUUCAAUCAUUCAACAACCAACCACAUUCUUUUAGAGGAGGAGGAGGAGUUUGUUCAAUUGAACAACAGCAGCAAAAGCACACAUUCAUUAACAUGUUUAGACAAUGUUAAACAUCAAUCAAUUUCAAUUAAUAAUCAAUCAAAUAAUAAUAACUAUUUUUCAUUAAUUUAUUCAUCAUCAUCAUUAUCAACAUUAUAUUUAUUAUCAAAUACAAUUAAUCCAACAAGAUCAAAGACAAGCCCAUUUUCAAGAUACUCCAGCAACAUCUCAAGAAUAGAAAACAACAACAACGCGGUAACAAGCUCUGACAAUUUAAAGCAUUUUACUGAUUCCUCUUCUUUUAUUUUUAUAGAUACCAAAGUUGCCAACAAUUAUUUUGAUUCUCUCAACUGUUUCGGCACCAAUCAUUCUAAUCAUACAAUAAUACAACAACAACAAAAACCAUCAUCAUCACCAAUCAAAUAUGAUACAAUCCUCACCACAAUCCAAAUUCACAAUUCAACUCAUAACAAUCAAUAUUCACAAAUCACUCCAUCUUCAAAUAAUAAUAAUAAUAAUAAUACCAAUGAAUCUGUCUCACUUAUUCACUCAUUAAACAAGUACAUUCCAUUUAGUUCAAGUGAUGUUUCGACCUAUUGUCAAUCAUCACCAUUACUCAUUAAUCAUUCAACAACCAACCAUUUUCUUUUAGCAGAAGAGGAGGAGAAGAAGGAAGAGGAGACAUUUCAAUUGAACAACAACACAAUCACAUUCUCAUUGUUCAACCAUGUUGAACAUCAAUCAAUUAUUGUUAAUAAUAAUAAUAAUAAUAUUUCUUUCCAUCAAUCAACCAUUUUAUUUUAUCAUUCAAGUGAUACAUUAUAUCAAAGUCAAAGUCAAUCCAAUCAUUCAUUCGUUCCUGACAGCAAUAAUAAUUAUUUAUUUUUUAAUUCAUCCAGAGUGUCAAUUCCUUUUAAUUUUCAAUUACCAUUAAAUCACUCAACAACCAACAACCACAUUCUUUUAUAUCUUCAAUCUAACAACAACAGAACAACAAAUUCAAUCCCAUGUUUCGAUCAUCAACCAAUCUUUUCCUUCAAUAAUAAUAAUAAUAAUAACAACAAUAAUCACAAAAAAACAAAAAUACAACCCCUUCAAUGUUCAAUUAAUAUUAAUGACAACAUCACAACAAAUAACAUCUCAUCCACAUUCACAUUAAACAAUCCAACAACAACAACAACAACAACAAUCUCAAUGCAUCCAAGAUCAACGACAGGACCAUUUUCAAGACACCCCAGCGGUUCAAAAUUGAACAACAAUUAUUCUCUCAACUCUUUUGGCUUGAAUCAUUCAAUCCACUUUCACCAAUCAAUCCAGUCUCCACACUCUGUCAAUCCACUCACCGCACUCAUUAAUCGAUCAUACAAAAAUAAUAAUAACAACAACACCAACACUACCAACUCAUCAUCAUUUUCAUGUCUCAACCAUGAAGCAUUCAUCUCAGCCAACAAACAAACAAAAAAUAUUAAUAAUAAUAAUUCAUUAAUUCAUCCAACAUCCAACUGUUUCGGAACCAAUCAUUCAAAUCAUACAACAAUACAACAACAAUCAUCAUCAUCAUCACAAAUCAAUAAUGAUACAAUCCUCACCACAAUCCACACUCACAACUAUCAAUAUUCACAAAUCACUCCACCAUCUUCAAAUAAUAAUAAUAAUUCCUUUGCAUCUAUUCACUCAUUAUCCAUUAAUACAGAUUUUAUUAUGUCCCAAUGUCAAUCAAAACCAUUACUUUCAAAUUACCCAACGACCAACAACCACGAUCAUCAACAAAUGGAAAUCAUUUCCAUUCACUCAUCCAUGUCACCCAUUCCAUUAAACUCUAGUGAUGUUUUGUUUCAUUGCCCAUCACCAAAUCAUUCACCAACCUCCAACAAUAUUAAUUUAGAUCAGGAGGUGUCUGUUCAAUUGAACAGCAACAGUAGCAGCACAAAUUCAUUAACAUGUUUAGAUCAUGUUAAAAACCAAUCAAUUCUUCUUCAUAGUCCUCAAUCAAAUAAUAACAACAUAAAAUUCAAAAAUCCAAGCAAUAAUAAUAAUAAUAAUUAUGCCAACAACAACACACCAUCAUCAUUCUCAUGUUUCAACCAUGGUGAAUCAUUCAUUUCAACCAACAAUCAAACAAAAAAUAUUAAUAAUAAUAAUAACAACAAAAAUAACAACAAUAACAAUAAUAAUAACAACAACAAUUAUUCAUCUUCCACAGACAGACAACCUUUUCAUUGUUCACCAACUACCAAUAAUAAUGGUAAUAAUAUUACAAUCUUUGCCAAUCACUUCAAUCCACAGUCAUUAAAUAAUACAAAUAAUAACAACAAUAAUAACAAUAACUACAUUAAAUUAAGAAAUAAUAAUAGCAACACCAACUCAUCAUCAUCAUCACUCUCAUGUUUCAACCAUACAGUCAUUGUUCACCAACAAUUAAUAACAUUUCAUUUACAUCAAAUAUUAAUAAUGAUAAUAUCAACAAACAAUAAUCCAACAAACAAUAAUACAAAGAACAAUACAAAUAAUAACUUAAAAAAUAUUAAUAACAAGAGUACUCUUGUUAUUAAUAUUUUUGAUAAUAACAAUUUAAAUAAUAAUAAUAAUAAUAACAACAAUGACAACAAUAUAUUAUAUAUUUCACAAUCCAACUCUACCUCCUUCUUUUUUACCUCUUCAAAGCACAUACAACCCCCUCAUUGUUCACCAACAAAUAAUAGUAUUCCAAUUACAACAAAGAAUAAUCAUAAUAGUAUUACAAUCUUUAAUCACUCCAAUCCACAAUCCUCAUUCACCAAUCAAUCAUUCAAUCAUCACCAAUCGGCCAGUCAGUCGCCCGUCCCAAAUCCAGUGAUCAAGAGUACCAGUUUCCAAGCAACAAUCUCCAUUCGUACUCUAAUCAUUAUUCUCUUCAACUCUUUUGGUAAUAUCAACAUUUUAAUAAUAAUCCAACAACCAACAACCAACAACAACAACCAAUUACAAUCCUCUUCUUUUCUAAAAAAAAAGAUAUUCAAUUACUUUUACCCAAGUGGUUUCCCUCUAAUCCUACUCUUUUCUUUAUACAUUUUACGUUGCCAUCGUCCGUGUCCGUGUCCAGUCCAGUCCAGUCCAUCAUCGUCCAUCCAUGUUCCACGUCUCCUUAGUGGUUUCCUUUACAAAAAGAUAUUCAAUUACUUUUACCCAGAGGGUUUCCCAGGUUCGCCCCCGUUUAUUUUAGAGACACCAGCAAUUCUAUCAUCCACUAUCCAUGGUAUACUACCCUCAGCCAUCAUCCGUCUAUGUCAAUCUUCGUUGCACAUAAUCAACCAUCGUCCAAGUGGAAAAUCAAGAAUGCAUCAUUGGUACACUGUUUGCUCCCAUCAGGCCUACAGUAAUAAUAAUAAUAAUGUUGUAAAUACAACUCAUCAGAUGAUACAAAAAAUAAUGAUCAACAUCAUCGCUGAUCAAGAUGACGAUCGCCGAGAGAAAAACAGACAUUACAUUCUACUGACUGAUAAAUUCUUCUAUGAACCAAUGAUGAAACUUAUAGAUUUUAUAUCAACUCCCAAAAAUUUAUUUUUGGUAGUUCUUUUAUUAUCAUGUUUAAAUUUAGUUUUUGCUCAAGUAAUAUCACCAUCCAAGGUGCCAACUUUUGGUGCCAACAAGGAUGUGGUCUCUGUUACCAUUAACCUUUAUACCUUCUUUAUCGCUUUCAUCAACGAUACUACCAUUGCCACCACUGCGCCUGCAUCCUCCUCGAAUGGAUUUAUCCAAAUUCAAGUAAAUGGAGUUGCAGCCGCCCCAUUCCCAAUCAAUUACAAACCAGCCGUUACAUUUGCUCCUACCAUUCCAAUAGCUGGUGGUUUGGUUACUCUAAGUGGAAGAUACCUUUCGAUGCUUCGUUCCAAUGGAACCUACACCAAUAUGUUGGUUUUAUUCAACAACAAGCCAGCAUCCCUCAGUUCAUCUACUUCCAACUUUGUCGCCUCCUUUUUAUCAGUAAUUGCACCUGCAGGUGUUGGUGCCAACCUCCCAUUGACAGUCAUGGCAGAUGGAGUUGUAUCCGAUACUUUCCUCUUUAGUUAUGCUGCUCCAACCGUCACUUCACUGAACCAAGGUUCAGGUUCUAUCAUUUCAAUCAUGGGUACCAAUUUUGGCAGUGAUUUGUCAGUCAUCACAGGAAUAGUUGCCAACGGUCAAGAAUAUCUUCCAACCUCAAUGAUCACUGGUGGAGUAACUUUUAAUGCUCCUUCAGACCUCAAGAAUGGAGUUGCUAAUGUUCGUGUUGGUAAUCAAUUGGCUGCAUCAAAUCUUACAUUUGUUUUGACUCCAAUACUCACAACCUACACUCCCCUCUCCCUGAUUGGUGGUAUCCUCACUAUCAAUGGUCGAUAUUUAAAUAGUGUUGAUUAUUUUGGUAAUCCAGUUGCUGUAACAGCAACAUUGGGUGGCAAUCAAUGUACCAACCCAGUUGUCAACGGUGUCUCGUUAAAUUGUCAAUAUCCAGGUGGCCUUGGUGGCAUUUCUAAUAGUUUGGCUGUUACUAUUGGUACUAAACAAAAAAUAUUGUCGGUUGCUUUCCCAGCCCCAAGUAUUACCUCAUCGUCUUUGACUCAAAAUACAACCGAUGCAACUGUUACUGUUGUUGGCAAGAAUUUUGGUAACACUGUAGUCAUUAUAUCAUUUGGUACUCUUCAAUCUGUCAGUGAUACCGCCGUCAUCUUUACAGUUCCCACUACAGUCACCAAUGCUCCAUUCACCGUUAACGCUUUUGGACAAGUGUCAAACCCUGUUCAAUUCUAUGUCACUCCACGUAUCACUGCUAUUGCUGGUGCACAAACCCAAGGAUCCAUUACAACAUUGCUUGGUAACUACUUUACACCACUUAGAGCCAACCAAAGUCCUACAGUUACUUCUAUCCAAAUUGACGGUGGUGCUCCAAUCACAUCACAAAUUUCAAUGCAAGGUACUACAUUAACAUUCCCACUGCCAGCUGGUACUGGAGCAAAUCAUGUGUUGACAUUAACCAUCGAUGGUCAAAGUGCUACCUUUGUAUUCUCGUAUCCAGCUCCAACCAUUUCUUUAAUCGUUCAAUCAUCGGUUGCCAAUCACUACACCCAAACAAUCUCCAUCAUGGGUACUUCAUUUGGAGUGGUCAAUACAAACGUCCAAAUAAUAUUUGCCAGUCAACCAAAUGUUCAAUGUGAUCAAAUAGUUGUCGCCGACUCUUUAAUCACUGCAAAUCUACCAAAUUUUGUACUCAGUGAUGACAUUCGAGUCAACAUCUCUGGUCAAGUAUCAACUCCAUUCUCCAGAACACUUGGACCCAUUCUCAAAUCAAUCACAUCAGUUGAUCCAGAAGGUGGUAAAAUCACAAUUGGUGGUUUAUAUCUCAACAAUGUAGAUGCUUUUGGAUUAGCCGUUCCAAUCAUAGUCAUGUUCCCAAGUAAUAAUCCAUGUAUCAAUGUUCAAAAGAUUGCCGAUGACCAAGAUAUGGGUUAUAUCACUUGUCAAGCUCCACCAGGCAAUGGAAUUAAUAUUCAAGUUUCUGUUCAAGUCGGUUCAUUAAUUGACACUAUCAACUUUGCCUAUGGUGCACCUGUCAUCUUUUCGGUCGUCGUCGCCAAUGAUAAUUCAGCUGCAUCUAUUGUUGGAAAGAACUUUGGAGCAUCGCAAGCAGGUGUAUCAAUUUUCUUUGGUGCUUCACAAAUCCAAAACUUUGUCUAUGUCAACAGUACAUUCCUAGCGGUGCCUUUAAUCUCAUCGUCGUUGAGAAAUGCACCAGUCAUUGUCAAGCUUGCUGAUGGUCGUGUUUCAAAUCCAAUUCCAUUUGCAUUCAAGCCACUCAUCACUCAAGUUUCAAAGCCAAUCAAAACAACAGGUGACCAAUUGACUAUUUCCGGUUUCUCUUUAUUCCCAACAAGAUUGGAUGGAUCACCAACCAAUGUCACAGUAGUCAUUGAUCAAAAUCAACAAUGUACCAAUGCUCUCGCCUAUGGAGCAUCAGUUAUUUGUACUUCACCUCAAGGUUCUGGUGUCAAUCAUAAUGUCAUUGUCUAUAUCGAUGAUGUUCAAUCACCAUCAACAGUCCAAUUCUCAUAUAUUGCACCUUUAAUCAGCAAUAUUGCUCAACAAGGUAAUAGUGACCUUAUAAUGAUCACAGGUACCAAUCUUGGAGUUGAUAUUGCAAAGAUUACAAUCAACAAUCAAAUCAUUGCAACAACAUUGGUAAACCCAACAACUUUGUCUGCUAAAUUGACAGGUCCAUCAAAGAAUGGAGAUAUUAUAGUCAAUGUAGAUGGUCAAGAUAGUAAUACUCUACCACUUAAAAUCAAGGCAUUGGUUAACUCUAUCACAUCAACCUCACCAUAUGGAGGUGUUGUUGAAUUAGUUGGUAAAUACCUUUGGACUACAAGAUUAGAUUCAUCUGCAACAACCAUUUCAAUUGAAAUUGGAGGAACUGAAUGUACAUCACCAGUCGCCAAUGGAAGUGAUGGAACCAAGUUGAAAUGUACUCUUGGUGAUGCAAGUCAAUUAGAAUCUGAUAUUGAUUUAUCAAUUGAUUCUGCCUCUGCAUACACAACAACCUAUUACACCAGUAAUCCACCAGUUCUCUCAUCGAUUUCAUCUUCAUACUACCUCGUAUCAAGUGUCGUCACCAUCGUUGGUAAUGAAUUCUAUUCACCAUCUCACGUCACCAUUGGAAACACUCAAUGUGAUAAUGCUGUAGUUGUCGACGCACAACAUAUUACUUGUUUAUUCGAUAGUAAUGUAGGUAAUAAUGCCACUUCAACUUUGGAUGUCACUAUGAUUUCUGGAGAUUCAGAUGAACAUACCUUUGCUGGAGUAUUCAAAUACACAUUGUUACAAUGUUUGAACUCAUGUUCAUCACAUGGAACCUGUGUCAGCUCUGGUCAAUGUCAAUGCAACAAUGGAUACAGUGGAGCUGAUUGUUCAAUCACAUACAGUCAAUCAUUGGUGUCGGGUGACUCUGGAUCAGUGUCAGGAGGUAAAUUCACAAUGUUUAACAACUCUAUGGAAUUCCUACUCUCACACAUUCAAGAAGUUCGUCAAGACAAUACUAUCGUUCAAACUAUUCCACUCACCAAAUGGGACGUAUAUGAUGAGUACGGUAAUACAACUAUUUACAACUCAACAUCAACCACACACAACAUUCAACUCUAUGUCACCAAACAUUCAACAGCAUCUGUUCAAUCAUACCUUGGUGAUGAUCUUGUUAUUCCAUCCAACUCUAUCAAACACUUGAUGACUAUUGAUAAUUUUAAAUUUGAAUCGACCAACUCAUCACUUCGUAUCAUCUAUCAAUUCAAAUCACCAUCACAAAUUGAAUACCACUGCAACAAUGAAACCACCAAAUAUCAAUACGAUACAUCAUCAUCAACAACAACCAUCAAAUCGUACAGCAUUGACACACCAGUCGGUACAAUGAUGGCAUCAUUCAGCAACCGUGCCAAUAUUGAUGACACCAAUACAAUUGUAACAUCCAUUCAAGCAAUCACAUCAGUCGAUUCAACAACCCAAUCAACAGCAGGUAUCCAAUACAUUGGCAUACAAGUUCCAUCAUUUGCAGAUUUUGUUGAAAUCGAUCCAAUAUUCUCAGCCACAUCAAAGACUGCACCAUCAACCGAUGCCUGUAUUGUAUCAUCUUCAUCCAUCACCACACCAAUCCUUUUAUUUGUAGUAUCACUCAUAUUAUUAUCUAUUUUCUAA